AGACAGCUGAGGCUCAGAGAGAUUAGAGCCUUCUAUCACGGUCACGCUGCAAGUCGGCCACUAGACUGGAAUUCGACCCCGGGUCUGUCGCUGUCACCCAAAGGAGUCAAAAUCCUGGCAGCCAGCCUCAGAGCUGCUACCUGAAUGACCAGAGACUAAUCUGGGGGAAUAAAUUUCUGAACAGAGAGAAAAGCAAGUUCAAAGGCUCUGAGAUUAGAAUAAAGCCAACUUGUUUAAGAAGCAAAUGUAGCUGGAGCUGCCAAUAAUAAGAGGUGGUUGUCCAACAGGCAAAGGCAUGAGCUGGGCCCAAGCCAUCCUGCUGGCCCGGGGCCUCUCUCGGGGCUGGGGGGGCAUCUGCAGCACUGCCCUCACGGGAGCCCCCUUCUCUCAGGUGCCACCCCAGGCCCCACGGGGCCUCCGCUGCAGUGCAGCCGCCCACAACCCUGACUCGUCGCUGGUCCCACGCCCACCCGAGCCCCCCAGGCGGCCCGUCAAGGCCCUGGCAGUCCACGAAGAGCUGUUUAGGCCGGCGCUGGAUGGGACACGAGACAAGGCGAACUUCGUGCGGGCGGUGCAGAACUUUGCCGAGUACAACGUGCACAAGCGUGGCCACGUGGACUUCAUCUACCUGGCCCUGCGCAAGAUGCGCGAGUACGGCGUCGAGCGGGACCUGUCUGUCUACAACCUGCUCCUUGACGUCUUCCCCAAGGAGGUCUUCCGGCCUCGCAACAUCUUCCACAGCAUCUUCCUCCACUACCCACGGCAGCAGGAGUGCGGGAUUGCAGUCCUGGAGCAGAUGGAGAACCAUGGGGUGAUGCCCAACAACGAGACGGAGUUCCUGCUCGUGCAGAUAUUCGGCCGCAAAAGCUAUCCCAUGCUCAAGCUGGUGCGCAUGAAGCUGUGGUUCACCCGCUUCAAGAAUAUCAACCCUUUCCCCGUGCCCCGGGACCUGCCCCAGGACCCUGUAGACCUGGCCAGUUUGGCCCUGCGGCACAUGGAGCCUGAUCUCAGCGCCAGGGUCACCACCUACCAGAUGCCUUUGCCGAAAGACUCCCCUGACACAAUGGAUCCUACAGAGACCCACAUCGUAGGGAUCCAGAGUCCUGAGCAGCAGAGCGCCCUGGCCCGCCACGACCCAGCCCGCCCAAUCUUCGUUGAGGGCCCCUUCUCCCUGUGGCUUCGAGACAAAUGUGUCUAUUACCACAUCCUCAGAGCUGACUUGCUGCCCCCUGAGGAACGGGAAGUGGAGGAGAUUCCAGAGGAGUGGAACCUCUACUACCCGAUGCAGCUAGACCUGGCCUACGGGAGGAGCAGCUGGGAUGACUACAAGUUUGACAUUGACGAAGGUAAAAACCGGGACAGGUCGAAUUCUGAACACUGCAUGGGACGGGGUGCCGCCUCUAUGAAAGCACGAAACUCCCCACUCAGGGGCUCUAGACCUAUCAGCCCUCUGUCACUUCCUCCUUCAAACAUCUGUGGAACAUCCCUGUGCUGGCUACUGGGCAUGACCAGGACAGGUCCAGUCCCUCCCCUCAGGUCACUGGUGGAACAGACAUGUUACAUUCUUGGGGUCCCUGGGAGGAGGUACACAACUCAGUCUCUGGUGGGAGUCAGGAGGAUUUCCAGUGGAACCCUGAAGAAUCAGGAGGCAUCACCCAGGUGAAGCAUGGAAUGGGUAGGCUAGGUGGAGGGGAUUGUGUGUGCAAAGGCUUGGACAUACACAAAAGGCAAAGGGAGCUUAAAGAGUGUGG